AUGUUCCCCAAUCAUCGACAUCCUGCUCAACCGCUGCAGGGCACAGCCACUACUACUACAAUCACAGCCACUACAACGGGCAGCCCCCAAUCAUCUCAGCUCAUCUACGCCUUGCCGGAUGCCUCAAGAAUCGGGCAGAAUGUUGACGCGCACAACCCCCACGCCGGGGAAUCGGCGCGCUCUUCGAACAAUGCUAAUACUCUGAUGCCUUCUCAAUACAAGCUUCCGGAACAGCAUCCCCGCCACCUAGAAAACGGGCGGACGUACCAUGGGUACCGAAGAGGCGUCUAUAUGCUGCCGUGCGACGACGAGGAGCAAGAUCGCCUGGAUUUGUUCCACAAGGUCAUUACAGAAGCUCGAGUGGGCGACGGAUUGAUAUAUGCCCCUCAUCCUCCAAAUGCGCGUGUGCUUGACCUGGGCUGUGGCACGGGAAUCUGGGCCAUCGAUGUAGCCAACAAGUAUCCCGAUAGCUUCGUGGCCGGAAUGGACCUCGCCGAUAUCCAGCCCGAGAACUGUCCUAAGAAUUGUGACUUUUAUGCCCCGAGAGACUUUGAGUAUCCAUGGGCACUGGGAGAAGACUAUUGGGAUUUGAUUCAUAUGCAGAUGGGAUGUGGAAGUGUCACUAGCUGGCCGUCGCUUUACCGUCGAAUAUAUUCCCAUCUACGUCCUGGAGGAUGGUUCGAGCAGGUGGAGAUAGACUUUGAACCGCGAUGCGAAGAACGCUCCCUCGAAGGUACGUCCAUGCAUAAGUGGUAUCAGUACUUGAAACAGGCGACCGAAAUGUCUGCACGGCCUAUAGCUCAUAGUGUGAGCGAGACGAUGGCCGCGCUGGAGAAGCAAGGGUUUGUAAACAUUGAUCACCAAAUUGUCGGUCUCCCGCUGAACCCAUGGCAUCAUGACGAGCACGAAAAGAAAGUUGGUCGGUGGUAUAAUCUCGCCAUUUCUGAGAGCGUUGAGACAUUGAUCCUUGCGCCGCUACACCGGGUAUGGGGGUUUUCACGAGAACAAAUUCAGCAAUUAGCUUUGGAUGUGAAGAGGGAAGCUUAUAACAAGGAGAUACGAGCUUAUAAUAUACUUCACAUCUAUCAAGCGAUGAAGCCAGAGAACCCGUCGGGGAAUUGA